AGAUUCAACCCCCGUUCCCAAACUCCUUCCCCCGCCCCAAAUCUUCCUUAUUCCCCCUCCAAGAUGGAGGCGCUGGAGGUUUUGGGGGGCUACCCGACCAAGCCCUUAAACCCGAGAGCCCGAAUGGUCAGGGUUCUACUGAGUAUGACGGUGUGCAUGGGAUGUUUAUUAAUGCUACAUAGUUUUCUCAAAAUCUCCAAGUCCAGGAAGCCGCAAGAUUUCUAUUCUUUUGAGGUGAAGGACGCCAAAGGGAGAAGCGUUUCUUUGGAGAGAUACCGAGGCAAAGCGUCUCUGGUUGUCAACGUGGCGAGCCACAGCGAACACACUGAGAUGAACUAUCGCUCUCUGCAGGAGCUGCACCGGGAAUUGGGUACGUCUCAUUUCAACGUCCUGGCUUUUCCCUGCGGCCAGUUCGGGGAGACCGAGAUGGGGGCCAGUCGGGACAUCGAGGCCUACGCCAAGAACACCUAUGGCGUCACCUUCACGAUCUUCAGUAAGGUCAAAAUCAUGGGGUCGGAGGCGGAGCCAGCCUUCAAAUUCAUAACAGAUUCUGUGAAGAAGGUUCCGAAGUGGAACUUCUGGAAGUUCCUGGUGAACCCUGAGGGCCAGGUGGUGAGGUUCUGGAAGGCAGAGGAGCCCGUCGACAGCGUUCGUCAGGAGGCCAUAACCAUGGUGCGUCAGAUUAUUCUAAAGAAAAGGACAGAGCUCUGACGGGAUGGCGAGGAGUGGAAUAAGGACACCUCUGAUGGUUUCAGAGUUUGAAUGAAAGGUUAUGAGGUAUUAAUUAAGAUACAAAGUCAACUCUGUUGUUAGGUGCUGAGUGGUGACUUUAGGGCUAGUGCCUUGUGGUAUGGGAAAGGACUUGCCAUUAUUUUUCUGAAGAUGAAGACUGAAGAUGAUGACUAUUGCAAUAAGAGAUUAAAGGGUGUGUGUGUUAUGCCACUAAGAGGGUGACACUGACAUUUCCUGACAACAACCAGGUCCAUAGUGAAUUCCCUGACAACUACCAGGUCCAUAGUGAAUUCCCUGACAACCACCAUGGCUUGUUAAACCAGUAUAAUCACCUCAAAGAACCACUAUUAUGUGUAACAUAGAUAUGUCUGAUUUAAAGCAGGUUGUUACUUGUUUUGUCAUUGCCAGAUUAAAAGACUGUUCUUUACACAUGUUAAUCCCUGUUUACAGUAAUGUAGAACAAUCAUUCUGUUCUUUAAACAUGUUAAUCCCUGUUUACAGUAAUGUAGAACAAUCAUUCUAUUCUUUACACAUGUUAAUCCCUGUUUACAGUAAUGUAGAACAAUCAUUCUGUCCUUAAAACACGUUAAUCCAUGUUUAUAGUAAUGUAGAACAAUCAUUCUGUUCUUUACACAUGUUAAUCCACGUUUACAGUAAUGUAGAACAAUCAUUCUGUUCUUUAAACAUGUUAAUCCCUGUUUAUAGUAAUGUAUAACAUCUCUACCAGUAUUGGAUUUAUAGAUAAAUGUUUACGACGGUUGGAUUUAUAGAUAAAUGUUUACGACGGUUGGAUUUCAAAUAUUCAGAUGACACUUGAAUUAAUUGAUUUAUAGAAGGAAUAGACUCUCAAACAUUUAUGCAAUGUAAAUGUAUUUAUUUAUCUUAUUCCAUCGUGGUCAGGUAGUCAGUCACGUGUGGUGACAUGGAAGUGUGUAACAGCUGAAGUGAGAACAGUCAGCUAACACGGCACUGCCUCAUCGUGACACAUGAUGGAAACAAAGCCGAGUCCACACCGACCAUCUGAGAAAAGUCCAGGAGGAAAAAAUAAUAAUAACAAAAUCGGACAACCUCUGUGGUUCCAAGAU